AUGCCACGAAUUAUCGAUAAUUUAAUACAUUUCAAUGGUAAAGGUGAUGAGAGUUCUACAGCAAGUCGACGGGGUACACCUGCCUUAUCAAGCAAAAUGGGGCUCGUAAAUUUAAGAGAUUUAGUCGAAACUGCCGCACACAAAUGGUAUAAAGAUAAUGAAAAAGAUUCGAUGAAAGCUAAAUGGGGAAGAACAUAUAAUUGGAAAGAACUUGUAAAAGAAAUCGAUUGGCGAUCAUUAAAAGUACGGCAUGAUCCAGUUAUUUAUACGGAUAUUGAAAUGCCAGGUUCGCCGAAAAAUCAUAUUUUAUUUCGUUCGUCGUUUCUCAAUGAUACAAAUCAUGAACAAGAAUAUAAUUUAAAAGCUGAACGACGUACAGUAUCAACAUGUUCAUUUUCAAUAUUUGAAGGUUAUACUACCGAACAAUGUGCGUCACUCGAACUCGAAGUUCCACUACCUAAAUGUGUUCUUGAAGCCAGUACAGGCUUUCGUCGAGAAUAUACACUUGAACAAUCACGUGAUAAACAAAUUGAAGAGCAACUAACAUGGUCCGUUGAAUCAAAUAUUCGAAUUCCUAGUAUGUCACAAACAACUGCUGAACUUAUUAUACAAGAAGACGAAUAUCAGGGUACAUUUGAAAUCAAAUCUUAUUUCUUUGGUGAAGUUCGCGUUAAACUAUAUAAAGAGUCUCAAGAAAUUCUCAGCUUGGAAUUUGGCGAUCUUGAAGAUUUACUUCCACGUGAUAAAGGUUUUCGCAAAGAUAACCGUGGAAUCUAUCGUAUAACACGUGGUGAAUGCAAAGCGCGUUUUGGUAUUUCUCAAAAAGUUGAAUUACAUGCAAAACCAUUAUUCGUUCAAGAGUCAACUUCACGUUUACUACAACAAAAUGAUUCACGUAAGAAUAGUCUAAAAGAGAAUCCAGCGCCGUCAGCCCCUGUAACUAUCCUUCGUGAACUUAUUCCUUCGUUGAAUCAAUAA